UGCGUUAAUUAACGUGUCUUAACUAGGGCUAGUCUUAACUCGACUAAAUCGUUUUUUUCCUCUUUUAGUCUUUCUCUCUCUCGUUAGCAAAACAUAAAGGGAACGAAUAUUACAUACUUGAGGUUUGCUUAACCCCCAAAAAAGGAAUAAUAAAAGAAAUUAAUAAAAGAAAAAGACGUUCAGGUGUCUCCGGCCAGUCCUACAGACAUCAGAAUCAAAUUAGGGCAUAAGACUGGUCGGAGAAAAAAGUCAUGGGGAGGAGAAAAAUGGAGAUCAAACGAAUUGAGAACAAAAGCAGUCGACAAGUUACUUUCUGUAAACGACGCAAUGGUCUCAUGGAGAAAGCUCGUCAGCUCUCGAUUCUCUGUGGAUCCUCCGUAGCUGUCCUCAUCGUUUCCUCUACCGGAAAAGUCUAUAGCUCUUCCUCCGGCGAUAGCAUGGCCAAGAUCCUCAAGCAUUAUGAAGUACGACAUGCUGAUGAGCUUAAAACCUUGGAUCUUAAAGAAAAAACUCGGAAUUAUCUUUCACUCAAGGAGUUACUAGAACCAGUCCAAGGCAAGCUUGAAGAAGCGAACAUUGAUAAUAUAAGCUUAGAGUCUCUAAUAUCCCUUGAAGAGCAGUUCAAGACUGCUCUGUCUUUAACUAGAGCUAGAAAGACAGAACUAAUGAUGGAGCUUGUAAAAACCUUUCAAGAAAAGGAGAAGCUGUUGAGAGAAGAGAACACGAUUUUGGCUGGCCAGCUUGCAAAGACGGGGAAGGAGAACGAGUUUCUGGAGACAGAGGGUGAAAGAGCAAUGUUACUGGACUAUAACUCCGGCAGUAAUCCACCGGAGACUCUUCCGCUUCUCAAGUAACCACCAUCAUAAACGGCUAUCUUUCACCAUCCUGUUUCAGAUAAAAUUGUAAAAUAAAUUAUCAGAUUUGUAAACCAUGAAGAAGCUACUACUAUAUAUCUUAAGCUCUUCUUCUU